GCUCAGACAGAGAGCAGCCUGUACAGCGCUGUACCGGGGGAGAGACUGCCUGUACCGGGGGGAGAGUCUGGCAGAGCCAGGGAUGAUGAGACUGGCAGAGCCCGGUAUGAUGAGACUGGCAGUGCCUAGGAUGGAGACACUGGCAAAGCCCGGGAUGAUGAGGAUGUCGGUGCCCUGGAGGCUGGCAUUAUUGGUGUUGGUGCUCUGGCCAGGCACAGUCUGUGCCCAGGAGCUGCCCACUAAUGGAGUGAAUGGGUACAGCCUGCACCCUCCAUACUUCAACCUGGCAGAGGGCACCAAGAUCUCGGCCACUGCCACCUGCGGAGAGGGCGAGGCUGGCAAAGCCAUGGAGGAACUUUACUGCAAGCUGGUGGGGGGACCAGUGUCAGGGGACCCCAGCCAGACGAUCCAGGGGCAAUACUGUGACGUUUGCAUGGCCAGCAAUAGAGAAAAAGCACACCCAAUUACCAACGCCAUCGAUGGGACAGAACGCUGGUGGCAGAGCCCCCCACUAUCCCGAGGAUUGGAGUUAAAUGAAGUCAAUGUCACUCUGGAUCUCGGCCAGGUGUUCCAUGUUGCCUAUGUGUGGAUCAAGUUUGCCAACUCUCCCCGUCCGGAUUUGUGGGUGCUCGAGAGGUCGACGGAUUAUGGGGCUACCUACCAACCCUGGCAGUACUUCGCCUCUUCUAAGAGAGAUUGUCUGGAGUUUUUUGGUUUGCGCUCCAUGGAUCGUAUCACAAAGGAUGACGACGUCAUUUGUACGACUGAGUAUUCGCGCAUUGUGCCUUUGGAAAAUGGCGAGAUCGUGGUCUCGUUGGUGAUAGGUCGUCCAGGAGCGAUGAAUUUCACCCACUCCCCUGUGCUUAGAAAUUUCACCAAAGCUACCCACAUCCGCCUGCGGUUUCUGAGAACCAACACCUUGCUUGGGCAUCUAAUGGGCAAAACACUCAGAGACCCGACUGUUACCCGUAGGUAUUAUUACAGCCUGAAGGAUAUCAGCAUCGGGGGGCGCUGUGUGUGUAACGGCCAUGCUGAAGUGUGCAACGCCAAGGAUCCAGUCAACCCAUACAGGCUGUACUGCGUCUGUCAGCACAACACGUGUGGUGGGUCAUGUGAUCGCUGCUGCCCUGGAUACCAACAGUUACCGUGGAAACCUGCGACCAUGGAUAGCGCCAAUGUGUGUGAACCAUGUAACUGUAACGGACACGCACACGACUGUUACUACGAUCCUGAUGUGGAUCUCCGCAGAGCCAGCAUGAACCACCAGGGAGAGUACGCAGGAGGAGGAGUUUGCAUUGACUGCAAGCAUAAUACUGACGGCGUGAACUGUGAGCGAUGCCGCUUAACCUACUACAAAUCACCCGACCAUCCAAUCGACUCACCGUACAUCUGCCAGAAGUGCGCUUGUGAUUCAGAAUACAUGGAUGGAACGUGUGAGGACUUGACGGGAAGGUGUUACUGUAAACCAAACUAUACCGGCAAGGACUGCGGGCAGUGCGCUGAAGGGUUCGCCAACUUCCCAGAAUGCUAUGCUAUCACAGGUCCCCCAGGCGAUAAGACCGGAGAGCAGAUACUACCCGUAGGAGAAAUCAUCAACUGUGACUGCCAUGUUGCCGGGACCGUUGGAAACGCCUGCCGCAAAGACCCCGUGCUGGGCGCUUGUGUCUGCAAACAAAAUUUCCAGGGAGACGCGUGCGAUGACUGUGCUCCUCACUUCUUUGGUCCCAACUGCCAAGAGUGUUCGUGCUCCGGACCUGGUGUGUACGACGGGAGCUGUGACAAGGACACCGGGCAUUGUGUGUGCCGAGACGGAUUUAUAGGAUUCUAUUGUGAUCAGUGUUCUUCCGGCUUCUUCAAUUAUCCCCUCUGCCAACUGUGCCCGUGCAGCUCCGUGGGCACUCAACCCAACGGCUGUGAUGACUAUGGACGCUGCUUGUGUAAGCCUGAAUAUGGAGGACCCCGAUGUGACAAGUGCGAGUUAGGAUAUCACUCGUACCCUCAUUGCCAUGGUUGUUCCUGUGACCCGCGUGGCUCCGAGGAUAAUAUCUGCACCCAGACAGGUCAUUGUCAGUGUCGCCCCAACUAUUCGGGACAGACGUGCAACCAAUGUGCACCCGGAUUUUACGGCUUCCCAGACUGCGCUGCUUGUCAGUGUUCCCCAGAGGGGUCCCUGCACAGUAUGUGUGACCCCCAGAGUGGGCAGUGCAGGUGCCGCCAUGGAGUUGGGGGUCUGCGAUGUGAUGUGUGCGUCCCAGGAAUGUACGGCUUCCCAAACUGUGAAGUGGGACCAUGUAACCCAUCCGGAUCUUCCUCGGUUAGCGUGAACCCUCCAGAGGGAUCCUGUGAGUGCCGGGAACACGUCGAAGGGACAGCCUGCGAUAAGUGUAAACCCCUAUACUGGAACCUGGUCCCCGAAAACCCACAGGGGUGCACAAAAUGCCACUGCGGCUUCGAGGGCACCAUAAGUGGAGUGGGCGAAUGCCAACAAGCCUCCGGACACUGCUUCUGUAAGCCCAACAUAUGCAGCCGGUCCUGCAGCAGCUGCAAGGAUGGAUUCUACAACCUGGAACCCAACAGCUACUUUGGGUGUCAGGGGUGCCAGUGUGACAUCGGAGGAUCCAUCGGCUUGGCGUGCCACGAAGAGAGCGGCGAAUGCCAGUGCCGGGAAAACGUUGAAGGAUCGCAGUGUAACCGGCCAUCUAAAGGCUUUUACUUUCCCGACCUUCACCACUUGAAGUACGAGGUGGAGGAUGGCGUGUCCGCGGAUGGCAGACCUGUUCGCUUUGGUUAUAACCCCUUGGAGUUUGAGCAUUUCAGCUGGCGAGGCUACGCACAAAUGUCUCCCGUCCAGCCCAAGGUUGUGCUAACCAUCAAUGUCACCUCUCCGGACCUCUUCCGAGUGGUUUUCCGAUAUGUGAAUCGUGGGUCGGACAGCGUGAGCGGGACAGUGACAUUCUGGGAGGACAGGAGAUCAAAUGCUUGUGCCAACUGCUCUGAACAGUCCAAGCAGAUAACCUUCCCACCAAGUACCGACCCCGCAUUUGUGACCAUCCCGCAGGGCAGUUUUGGGUCACCGUUUGUCCUGAAUCCCAACACGUGGUCAGUGGAGAUAGAGGUGGAAGAUGUUCUGCUGGAUUAUCUGGUUCUCCUGCCCAGCGCAUAUUACGAAGCCCCCAUCCUGCAGGUGAAAGUCACAGAGCCGUGCAGCUACUUACUGUCUGCAGACCAGACCACCAACAACUGCCUUCUCUACAAAUACCUGUCGCUCGAUGGAUUUACAUCUGCACAAGGAAGUGAUGGGAUAUGCCGCCUCGAUAAUAAUCUGCCCAGACCGUGCCAAGCUGAGCGCAUCACUCCCCGGCACCCACCCAUGGUGAUGUGUUAUGGAAACGAUGUUGAUGUCCAGUUCCGUCUCUUGGUUCCUCACCCGGGCCGGUAUGUGGUUGUGGUGGAAUAUGCCAACGAGGAGGAAGUACAGCCCACCAGUGUCACGUUGAAUUCACCUCCGCACCACCCCCAGCAGGGAACCAUCAAAUUCUAUCCGUGUAAAUUCAGUUUCCUGUGUCGUGGGGUCGUCCUCGAUGCACAGCACAGAGUGGCCAGCUUUGAUAUCAGCACAGAAGCCAUUAUUCGCUUUACGGCAGAUCAGACGCGGUUCCAUUUAGCGAAGAUUUACUUGAUCCCAAGUGAGCAGUUUACCAUGGAGUAUAUUCAGCCACGUGUUCACUGUAUAGCCGUCCACGGAUCAUUUUCUCCCAGCAGUGGGUCCUGCGUUCCUUCACGCUUCCAGAAGCCAUCUCAGUCUGUGGUUCUAAGAGAGGGAAAGGUGGGAUCGGUCCCAGACAACGUUCCUCUGUCCCACGGAUUCCUGACGCCACACACAGAUGGUCACCAAGUUCCCACCCACCCAGACCCCCUGCCACCAACUGCUAUAGAUGCCACAAAGCUAAUUCACCUACAUAGCCCACAGACCGUUGUGGGGUACAACGGGCGCGUUCAAUCCCCAGGACGUUACGCUUUCGUAGUACAUUAUUACCAGCCUUCCCAGCCAACCUUCACCAUCGAGGUGCUCGUUCAUGGGGGCCGUGUCUGGCAAGGUUCUGCCAAUGCCACAUACUGCCCUCACGGUUACGGCUGCCGGAGUUUGGUUGUCUCUGAAAACCACCUUGUUCUAGAUGUGACGGAUAACGACCUGACGGUGACUGUGCGUGUCCCUGGCGGGAAGAUAAUCUGGCUGGAAUACAUUCUGGUGAUCCCCGAAGACAGUUACAGCUCCAGCUAUCUUGUAGAAGAACCGUUGGACAAAUCGUAUAACUUUAUCAGUCAGUGCGGAGCCAACAGCUUCCAGAGCAACCCGGCCCCAUUCAAGUUCUGCCGAGACGCUGCUGUCUCCCUGUCGCUUUUUUACAAUAAUGGUGCCCAGCCGUGUAACUGCCACGAAGCUGGUGCUGUGGGCGCGUCCUGUGAGCCGUACGGAGGGCAGUGCACCUGUCACCCACAUGUAAUUGGAAGAGAUUGUUCCCGCUGUGCCGUGGGAUACUGGGCUUUCCCAAACUGCAGACCCUGUGAAUGCGGCUCUCGCCUUUGUGAUGAGGUGACCGGUCAGUGUAUCUGCCCCCCUCGCACCGUGAAGCCGGAGUGCACAGUUUGCCAGCCACAGACAUUCGGUUGCCACGCACUGAUUGGCUGUGAGAAUUGCGACUGCUCCAGAACCGGACUGCAGAACAUGACAGAGCUAGGAUGUGAUAUCCACACCGGACAGUGCACGUGUAAGCCAAACAUCAUGGGCAGAAGGUGUGAUAAAUGUGCCCCUGGCUACUUUGGUUACCCCAACUGCAGGCCGUGUGAAUGUAACCGGGCAGGUACAGAGCCCAGCAUCUGUGACCCCGUGUCUGGCCAGUGUCAUUGCAAGGAAAAUGUGGAGGGGCUGAGCUGUGAGCGAUGCCGCCUGGGCACCUUCUACCUGGACGCUGACAAUCCCAAGGGCUGCACCAGAUGUUUCUGUUUUGGAGCCACUGAUCGGUGCCACACAGGGUCCAAAUAUCGUGCAGAGAUCAGCGACAUGACCGGCUGGGUACUGGUAGGGGGAGAUCGGCAGGAAGUGGAGACCUCCAUACAGCCAAAUGAGGGGCUUGUUACAGCCGAUCUGUCAGAUAUUCCAGAUGUUUACCAAGAAUUCUAUUGGCUUGCGCCACGCAGCUACCUCGGAGAUCGGGUUUCUUCUUAUGGUGGAUCUCUGCGAUAUGAGCUCCACUCGGAGGCCCUGAGAGGAGAUCCUCUUUAUAUACCAGUGGAACGACGGGCAGAUGUCAUCUUGAAGGGAAAUCAGAUGAGCAUUGCCUACCUGGAGACCAGGUACCCCGCACCGGGUGAAAGCCACCAGAGACAAAUUUAUUUGCUUGAGGGUAACUUCAUCCACACUCAGACCCAUAACCCGGUUUCUCGAGAGGAUCUCAUGAUGGUUCUGACUAAUUUGGAGCAGCUGCAGGUCCGCGCUCUGAACUCUCAAUCAUCAUCUUCCGUAUCUCUGCGCAGAGUCAUCCUGGAGAUCGGACAAGAGACAAAAGGCGAUAACCAAGCCAAGAACGUAGAGCUGUGUCUGUGCCCCGCCAACUACCGUGGGGACUCCUGCCAGGAGUGCGCUCCUGGCUUCUACAGGGACACCAAGGGUCUCUUCUUGGGUAAAUGUGUGCCCUGUAACUGCAGCGGGCAUUCUGACCAGUGUUUGGCAGGAUCAGGCGCCUGCGUGACAUGCCAACACAAUACGGAGGGCAAGUAUUGCGAGCGUUGUAAGGACGGCUUUGUGGCUAACAGGACAUUGGACGGCUCCUUGCAGUGCGUCUCCUGCCCGUGUCCCCUCAGUGUGCCCUCCAACAAUUUCGCCAUCGGUUGCGUUCAGCGGGGUCCCUCCACUCAGUGUCUGUGCAAACCGGGUUACGCUGGAGCCAACUGCGAGCGAUGUGCGCCUGGGUACUAUGGAAAUCCUAUGGUAAUCGGAAGUUUCUGCCGCCCAUGUAAUUGUAACGGGAACACCGAUUCCAACAUGUUGUUCAGCGACUGUGACCCUCUGUCGGGCAUGUGCUCGGGCUGUAUGUUCAAUACCGCGGGGCCGCACUGUGAGAUCUGCGCUCCUGGCUUCUAUGGAGACGCAGUCAGCGCCAAAAACUGCACCAGGUGUGAUUGCUCUGUAUGUGGGACGGAGUCAUGUGACCAAAGGACAGGAAGAUGUUUGUGUAAAGCCGGAGUGACGGGUUCACAGUGUGAUCGAUGCAAGGACGGUUUCUCCGGCUUUAACGGGUGCAGUGGUUGCCAGCAAUGUAGCUGUGGCUCCGGAUCAGCAGGUACCGGCUGCGACCCUCACAGUGGGCAAUGUCGGUGUCUCCCUGGUGUUACCGGCCCGCGAUGCCAGCAGUGCACCCCUGGCUAUUGGAACUUUGGUCCUACAGGAUGCACCAAGUGCAGCUGUAAAGGGGGCUCCUGUGACCCCCGGACCGGAGAGUGUCAGUGCAGCGAUGAUCUGAUGGGGAAACAAUGCGACACUUGCAGUCGACCGUAUGAGAUUCCCGUUACCUAUGGAACAGAAACAUUGAAAUGCGAGCCAUGUGACAGUUGCGUUGUAACAUUGUUGGAGGAUUUACAGAGAAUGGCGGAUUUCCUUCCCAGCAUCCGAGAUCAGCUCACCAAUCUGACUGCAAGCUCCAUCGCCUGGACUCGCCUUAGCGGCAUCAACAGCUCCAUCGCCAACCUCACGGAGCUAUGGCUUCAGUAUCAGGGCUCGGUAAAUGGAAUUAAAGACAAAGCCGAUGACUUGGAAGAUGACAGCAUAAGUCUGGCUCAGGAUCUCGAUGCUCUGCAAGAAAAGAUGAAUCUGACCAAAAAAAAUGCUUUUGGCAUACAAAAGGCAACUAAAGCUACGAGCCAGAGAGCCAAAGAACUGUCCAGCAGAGUGCAGUCUCUGUACAAUACGUCUCUUGGUCUGAUUGAUCAGCUCAGGCGAAUUGGACAGUCGAACAGCACCAACGUCGCAUCGACAGACGAGUUCAGACAAAUUACGACGGAUAUCGAUCGGAUGCUAAAAGCGAUGAGGAUCAGAGAUUUUAAACCCUCUGCAGACCUGGCAACACAGGAGCUGGAAGAGGCCAAAAAAUUGCUGGAUCGGGUCAAGGCAGAGCUGGUCACCGGGUUCCAGAACGUCCAGAACUUGUUGAGUGAGACCAGGAGACGGCUGGACACGUACAACUCGGAGGUGAUGGAUCUAAGGGACGCAAUGAAUGAGGCUGUAAAUAAAACGCGUCAGGCAGAAGAUCUCAAUAGCCUUAACCAGAAUAAUGUGGAGGAGAACAACAUAAAAGUAAAUGACCUGCGGAGUCAGCACGAGGAGAUGGUGGCGGCUCUGAAAAUGGCUGAGGAUGCUCUUGUUCAGGUCUCUGACCUCCUGCAGAUGAUUGAAAGCCUGAAAGAGGAGUACGAGAAGCUUGCGGCAGGACUGGAUGGAGCACGAGGUCCGCUCAUGGACAAGGUGAAGAAGUUCUCUCCAGCCAGCGGAAAAAUCCCAAUCGUGGAGAAAGCAGAGAUGCACGCAAAGCAACUGUGGCAGCUUUCAAAGAACCUGUUCAGUGCCAUUGGAGACUCUGAUCAGGACGUCUACAUCCAGAAAGCUAUAAAUGCCUCAAAUGCUUAUUCUAACAUUAUUGAAUCCGUGCGGGAAGCUGAGAAGGCGGCAAAGGAUGCCAACCGGGCAGCGGGGGAUGCAGUGAAGAGCAUUGUCUCCGAGGAUCUGGGGAAAAAGGGCAGAGAUUUACUGAAAAAGAGUGUCCAGCUGGAGGAAUCUGCAAAAUCAGCAGAAAUCGAAUUAAAAGGAGAUAUUGAGCGAAAGCUGCAGGAGGCCAGGAGGAAUUUACAGGACAGACGGAGAAAGAAAGAAAGCCUUCAGUCUGAGCUCAAAUCUGUCCUGGACAAACUUCGCAUGACCCCAGAUAAUGUCACAGAAGACCUCACAAGUGCCAAGUUAAAGGCUGCAGAGGCAAACAGCACUGCGGCGCGGGUAGAGGCCACAUUGACUGAUAUAAAGAAGGACCUGGAGCAAUGGAAGAAUAAAUACGGCAACUUGCAGAAUGAGGACGUCAACAAAGCUGUGGAGGAAGCAAAAACAUCAGUCUCUAAUUUGGAGAAUACUAUUCCUCUUCUUCUGGAUAAACUGAAUAAUCUGGAAAACCGUCAGGGGCAGAAUGGCAGCGUAUCGGACAGUAUCGAACGUAUCCGACAGUUAAUCUCCCAGGCCAGAGACGCUGCGAGCAAGGUGAAGGUCCCGGUGAAGUUUAAUGGGAACUCUGGGGUGCAGCUUCGGCCCCCAUCCAACAUGGCGGAUCUCUCUGCAUACACCUCUCUAAAAUUACACAUCCAGAACUCCGAGCCACAAAACAAAAAGAAACGACAGGUCAACACGGAUCAGGGACGCUUCGUUCUAUACCUCGGGCACGAGGAUGGUUUGGGGGAUUAUCUUGGAAUGGUCCUGAAAGGGAACAGACUGAACUUUGUUUACAAACUGGCAGAGGAGCAGCCCACCUACCUGACCACCAGCGAGGACAUCACGGAGCAGUUUGUCACGGUCACUAUAGAGAGGAUGCUGCAGUACGGUCAGAUGUCCACCGUCGUUUUCUCCAGCCAGGCCCUGCAUGAGAAGAAAGGAGAAAGCACUGCAAGUGGAGACCAGGGUCUGCUCAACCUGGACCCCGGCCGCGUGGUGUUCUACGUGGGCGGGUAUCCUGAUGGAUUUGUGCCCCCAGACCCCCUGAAUUAUCCAAAGUAUCGCGGCUGCAUUGAGAUGGACAGCCUCAACGAGAAACCCAUCAGUCUGUAUGAUUUUGAGAGAACCUUCUAUCUGGACACUCUCCAGGACAAACCAUGUGGCAGAUCUAAAUCCACAAAUGAUCCGUGGCUCACUGAUGGUUCUUACUUUGAUGGUACGGGUUAUGCAGAGAUUAAACUGGACCAGCUGCCCGGCUCUACCAAGAGGUUUGAGAUGGACGUCCGCCUCGUCUCCUACAACGGGAUUCUGUUCUUCCUCGAUGCAGAGGAUCAGUUCCUGUGUCUAGCGGUUGAAGAAGGAAAACUAAUCCUAUAUUACAAUGUUGGAGAGGGGCUCCAGAAGCCCGAGUCGGUAGAUCCCUCCAACGCUCCAAUCAGCACGUCCACCCCUAAAUCGGUCCAUGUCAUUCUGGUGAUGACUGGCAAUAAGAAAAGGAUUUUUGUGCGUCUAGAAAGGAUCAAUGUGUUUAUAGUGGAAUAUGAAAGCGGAAAACUGGAGACGGCUCAGUACUUUUACCUCGGCGGACUGUUACCAAGCAAGUUCCCGGAGAGCCUUAAGGACAUCUUUCCUGGCGGAGGCUCCAUAAGGGGCUGCAUGAAAGGUCUCAAAGCUUUGGGGAAAUACAUGGAUCUGAAACGAAUGAAUACUACAGGUGUAAGCUAUGGCUGCACCUCGGACCUGCUGAUUGCAAGGUCCGUUCAGUUCUUUGGACACGGAUUCCUCAGUAUGUCUUUGAAGAACGUGCCCACCCUUCAGGAUGACUUCUCUGUAGGGUUUGGCUUCCAGACCAGUCAGAUUAAUGGCUUAAUGUACAGCCACGCCACUGAGGGUGGUUCCUGCCAAAUAUCCCUCCAGGAUGGCCUUGUGAAUGUCAGAAUGCUAAGUGCAGAGCUGGCGUCCAAAGCUGCGUAUGCUGAUGGAGUAGGCCAUUAUCUCACCCUCUACAGCAACAAGGAUGAGGUGCGAUUUUACAUGGAUGACCAGCUACAGGAGACACGUAGAUUGUCCUCUGCCAGCAGUGCAGCUCCACAGGAGGCAGCCUCUAGCACAGUCCUGUUAGGAGGAUCACCGGAGAUGAGUCAGCAAGCAAACCUAAGUGGCUGCAUGAGAAAUAUCUUUGUAAAGAGGAAAUCAGGGCCGCAGACGGUGCUUGAUCUGUUACAGAACCAGCAGAGUGUGAAUGUCACCAUGAGCUGUCAGGACCAGUCCGAGGAUCGGCCGCUGGAGAUUCGGGCUUUACUGAAGAAAGAUAAGCUGAAGGCUCGGCAGAGAAAGUUGGCGAUGCCCGAUCAGAGACACUCGGAUUUAUCCUGUGUUCAGCCCAAAAGUGUUAUGGGAGCAUUGAGAUUUGGGGGAUCCCCCUUCAGCCACUUAGAAUUCCGAGAUCUUCCUGCUUUUGUACAGGAACGGUUUCACUUCUCACUUGAGGUCCGACUGAACGCUUCCCACGGCGUAAUAUUUCAUGCUAACAGCAAACAAGAUCGUUCAUCCGUGACACUUGGCGUCUCCAACGGCCGAUUCGUACUCCAGGUGGACAUCGGAGGUAAAAAGCUCCAUGUGACCAGUAAAGACAAAUACCAUGAUGGGAUGUGGCACACGGUUUUCUUCGGGAGAGAGAAGAAUAAGUUGCGUCUAGUCGUGGAUGGACUCAAAAGUAAGAGCAGAACGCUGCCCCCCAGAACCACACUGACGCUGACUCUCCCAGUCUACAUCGGAGGAGUGCCUGUGCACAAAGUCCGACACAACGCGGAAGCCUCAUUGAAAAGCUUCAGUGGAUGCCUGAGGAAUCUUAAGAUGGACGGACGACCUUUGAACUCUCCGGACAAUGUCGUGGGUGUUACACCUUGCUACGAGGGCGCCACAGAGAAAGGAUUGUUCCUCUCUAAUGGGGGAUUCGUAACAUUAGAGAAUCUCGUUAAUUUGGGGCAGGAUCUGGAGGUAAAGUUGGAGAUUCGGCCAAUGCGUCCGUCUGGACUUAUAUUCCACAUCCAGACCCUAGACGGUCACUAUCUGACACUAGCUAUGUCUCAUGGAAAGGUUACUGUAGCUGUGAAUGUUGGCGCAGGGGAAUACUCCACGUCGGUGGGUGUAGAGCAGAGCCUGUGUGAUGGGCACUGGCAUACCAUAGCAGUUACUAAAGGAAGCAAUGUUAUCCAGCUGGACGUGGAUACUGACGGGAAUCACACUGUGGGAGCGAGUUCCUUUCAUCAGAAUAAAAAUAAAGGAACGCUUUAUGUGGGCGCCAUGCCAGAUAAUCUGCGUCUGGCCCAGUCUGUGGCGUCUUCGCGUGAACAUUACCACGGCUGCGUGAGGAAUAUUGUCAUUAACAGAACUGCCAUCGAUGCCUCGGACUCUGGAAUAUUCAUAGGUUCUGCGGGAACCAAUGUCUGCCCAGUUCUCUGAGGGAACUUGGCAGGAAACUGAACUACCAGCAUCGGGUGAGGAAUUGGGGGAACAUCCUGACCCCUCUGCUUCUCCAGAAUUAUGGGUCAUUUAAUGUAACCCUUUCACGCUGCACGCUUGGCCUCACGACUGUAAACACCAAGUACUUUGAUUCCCCUGAAGCCUGGUUUUAUAACAAAUACACUACUGAAUUUGUAAGGGCACAGCCACUGGAGGAAUGUAUAUUGAGAUAUUACUGAAAACCCUUUAAUGGUGCUUUAUCUGCAGAUGUUUGCCAGAGACCCUCGUAGCUCUGGCUAUGAAAUGGUUAACUGCUGCUUUUUGGUUUACUGUACCAGCCUGGGAUGACCUGUGUUGGAGGUAAUGAAUAAGUUAAUUAACCCUUCUAGUCUUGUAAUAUAUUUUGUGCCAUGGGCUUUGCCAGCUGGGGGCAUAACAUAAAUGGAAUAAUUAUAUAAACCGCUAAUUGAACGGUCCUCAUGCCUGCCUUCAUUUAAUGCUGUCAGUCUGUCAUAGCUGAUAUAGUAUAGACCUCGCCCCAAAGCAAAUUUAAACUGUUUCAGUGAAACACAGCAAUAUUUUAAAAUAUUAAAUCUUUAAACCUAUAUAAAGCCUCAAUUCUAUAAAGCUACUUGAGCGGUGUGUGUAAAAUAUAUAUAUAAUUUAUAUUAUUAAAGGGACACUCCAGGCUUCCACACACGUUAGAUGCACUGUGUAGGUUAGGUUACAGUUAGAUAUAUAUAUUUCUCUCUCUUCACAAACCUCACACAUGACACAGCGAUCUGUUAGCUCAGUGGGGGUUUAUUAACCGAUUCACAAUGCAGUUUCUCUAGCUGUGUUUUGCAGGGUUUAACACAUUGAGUUUUACACUGGUAAGUUGAUACCAUUUUGUACCAAUUUAAAGAUUUGUCUUUAUAUUGAUUCCUGUUCCAUUGAAUUAGUUUGACGUGCCAGGUGCAUAUUGCUAACAGGAACAGAUUUGGCACUCAUGGGGUUAAUUUGGCAUUUGUAUUUAUUUUUUAUAUUGUGUCUUACAGUAAACACACAGCCUGUGAAAGGAAGGGGGUGCCAGUCUACUAUCCCCCAGCUUGUGGAAGAGAAUCAUUGGUGAUAUCUACUCUUCCACUAGGGGGCACAGUUUUGGCACCUAAAAUAGUAUUUCACUGAACACUCCACACACCAUAACCACUAAAAUUGGCUGUUGUGUCCAGGCAGCUUUAAGACUUUAAACUGUUUUCAGAGUGGUUCCGUUUCUUCUGACAGAGAGACGGAAAUUACUUUAGUUCUCCUUAGCUAAGCCAUACAGUGCAUUGCUAGCUCAGUGACAUCAGCAAUCACCUUACCCAAAGCCGUGCAGUGCUAGCUCAGUGACAUCAGCAAUCUAUCCGCUCUCCGCACAAUCACCUUACCCAAAGCCGUGCAGUGCUAGCUCAGUGACAUCAGCAGCAAUCUAUCCGCUCUCUGCACAAUCACCUUACCCAAAGCCGUGCAGUGCUAGCUCAGUGACAUCAGCAAUCUAUCCGCUCUCCGCACAAUCACCUUACCCAAAGCUGUGCAGUGCUAGCUCAGUGACUGAACAUCAGCAAUCUAUCUGCGCUCAGCCCUGCGAACUCGCCUUAGCUAAGAGACCGCUUCCGCUGAAGCAGUGAAGGAGGUUCUGUGUCAUCCAGCAGACCCUAGGGCAGGGAUAGGCACCCUUCGGCACUCCAGAUGCUGUGGACUACAUUCCACAUAAUGCUCUUACACUCAUGCUGGCAAAGGAUCAUGGGAGGUGUAGUCCAAAACAUUGGGAGUGCCGAAGGUUGCCUAUGCCUGCCCUAGGGCAUUCCUAGUUCCAAAGCAAUGCAAUGUAGUGGGGUUUUUUUUCUCUCUACAAAAGGCAGUUGAUUGAAUUCAGACAGGAGUCAUAAGCGAAAUCUGCCAAAAUAGUCACAACACAAAUCUUCUCUGCCACAUAAAGGGGCACCUCAUCACAGCAUUCAAACCGCUACAGAAGGCUUUGCCACAGUUUCAGCAAGUUUAAAUGUAAUAGCCUAAUCACAUGGUGUUAUACACUAAACAGUGAGUGGACAGUGCUGUUACCUGGAUCUUUAAAUCCCACAUCGCAAGAAGCAGAGAGGCUCCCCUGGUGCUACUGGUCUCCCUUCAUAAGAAGUGCCUCAUGCUAUAUAGAAUAUUUACAGACCGACUCCUGUUAGAACGGGGACCCAAAUCCCUGAUUAACCACUUUGUCCAAAUAGUGGGUGAAAGCACUUUCUGGACAAUGUACCUGUGAAGAGAACAGAAAAUGUUUUCCUGGCUAUGUUACAAGGCAGCAUCUCGUAUGGAUAUCUCCUCCCUAGCUUGAGAAAAAGGAAAUUAUUACACAAUUAUAAGGUGAUAUAAACACCUCCUCUCUGAGCUCCCAAGUCUGUAUCUAAAUAAACCCAAAAGGCAGGGAGUGUGGCGCUGACAGGUAACAGAGCCAGGAAAAGAUUACGAUAAGUAUGUCACCAACUGUUUAUUUUUCUGGCUAAACAUGGCAGCAUUAGUUAUGGGUACUACCCAAGCACCAAAGAAGGGAGGGAAAGAAACAGGCACCUUGUAUAAUGCAAAAGAACAUAAACUUUAAUAUUCACGUGAAGCCACAGAGGCCAGAACCCUUCUCCCAACCCUGGCGUUAUGAGACGUGAGAUCACGUUUAGAUUGUUUGAUAAAUGUGAGGACCAAAUGGCUGCUAUCCUUAAUUCCUCAGACACCUCCACCCUAAAAGCCCAGGAAACUGCCAAUCCUCUUAUAGAAACGGUGGCUCAUCGUGCAUGCGCGAGAGCUCUGGGGCCUUCUACAUAGUUGCAGCACCCAUUUUGGGAAUCGCUGCAAUCCCGAAA